GUCAACGCCGGAUUUUGCUCCACCAUCGCACUCGUCGUUCGUCGUCGCCUCGGACAGAAGAGCCCCAGAAGUACGGGAGAAAUAUAAUCGCGUAGUGCACCACGUUGUUCGUGUGUUCCGCAAUGGCCGAUCUGGACGAUUUUUUCGCGAAAAAGGAUCGCAAAAAGAAGGGCACGGUGAAAAAGUUCGCCACGCCGGAAGAGAUGGCCAAAGUCAUCGAGGACACAACGAAGAAAGCCACCGAGGUGAAGCCCCGGAAGGUGACCCCAGCAGCGGUGGUAGGUUCGUCGACGUCGGGUGGUGAUGGCGCCGCCGCCGAAGGCAGUGGUGAGCAGAAGGCCGCCCCGGCACCGGUCGUCGAGGAAGAGUGGAAGGAGUUCGAGGAGGAACGGAAAGACUACAGUGGCCUGAAGCUGACGCAGCUGAACAUUACGGAAGAGGAAUACCAGCAGGGACAUUACGGUGGUGACGAUGGUGGCGCUACGCCUAGGGAAAAUGACGGCGAACGAACCGGAGCGGACCGAGCGGAACAGAAGGCGGGUGCUGCAUGGAAGAAACCAGGUGCCGAAGGCGGCGACCAACAGCAGCAACAAACCGCGGCGGCAGCAUUGGCCGCAGCUCCUCGAGCCGCGUCCAGCUUGUACGUGUCCCCGGCCAUGAAGAACCUCCGCGUCAAGGGCAAAAAGGGAGUCGCACCCGAUCUGAAGAACGAGGAAUUCUUCCCAACGCUCGGCACCGAACAGCCCGAUCCGACCAAGAGCAAAAAGGACGGAACCUUCGAGGAAGUGAAACACGGUGGCCGCGUCCGGCCGUCGGACAUGCCCUCGGCGGCGCCACUCUCCGUCAGGAACCAGUUUACCACGCUCAGCAACGACAGCUAGACGACGAGUGGGCGGACGGACGGACGAACGGUGGUGGUGGCGCUCCCGGAAUCACACUGACACACAACCACAGAUUCGGCCACAACUUUCUUCUUCCGGCGCGCGCUGCUGCUAGCAUCCUAGGUUUCGUAUUUGUUUCCUUUUAAUAUCAACAAUCUUCUUCUUUUUACCGGCGCUCGUGCUCUACACACAGACUGCUCAUAAUUACAGAAUAUAUUAAACAAAAAAACGAUAGAGGCCGACAGACUAAGAUAGUGAGAGUGUACGUCGUUCAAAGUGUCUCCUCCGUGGGCGACGAAACGGUUCCGAUUCCAGAUUGGUGUACUGUUAUUAUUUCUCAAAAAUAAACGAUCCGUUUUACUUGUGGCGCGCGCGCGGAGACACUUUCAACGCGUGGCUAUCCGACACUUUUUUUUUUUUGAAUCAUGAUAACAUUGCAAAUGUCCUCUGAGAGAAAACGAUUAUGGUUAAUUGUAUAGAAUAAUACGACCACUUCAAUCAAACCGGAAAGCAUCAAUUUCUCUCUCUCCCUGGCCAGAACACCAGAACGGCGUACUUUUCCUGUUAUGUUUCGAAAACUGUUUGCGGAGCAACAAUUUGCUUUCUUCCACAUUUUUGAAAAAAAAAGCUCGCAAAGUUUAGUUUUUCUGUGAAAAUUCUCAGAGUUUCUGUUUCUCUACAAACAUUACUGCUGUGUUGGUUUUUGUAUUCAGUAAAUCAGUAAAAUAAAUGAAUGAAAAUCAA